GCUUAUCCUAAUGAAGGAAGAACAAACGUGAUUGUGUGUAAGGAUUUAGGCAUUUUUAUCAUGAUGUUGUUCGAUGUUCUACAAGUAAACGUAAAUAAACUAUGUUUAUCUAUCACCAUGAAACGCUUUACUUCCAUAUCGAUGCAAUGAUCAAUGCAAUACGCCAUUUUUCCCGCGCUUUCGAAGUGAAUAGAAUCGCCAUGUUUGUGCAACUAAAAAUAAAUGACCGGGAAACGUGAAGUAUCAUUCCUUACUUGUAUCUUUCUGUAUGUUUCUCGUAGAAGGUGAAGUCGCAGUGUUAGAAGGAAAACCAGAAAAGGAAGAAGUCAGUUAUUUUGGUGCUAAUUAAGUGACGACGUUCACACGUACACGUGUACAUAUACAACAAUCAGGAAUAGUGUCUAAUUGGCACGGAAACAACACAGUCAUUCUUAAUUAGUUAAUUUGCGAAGAGGCUCAACAACCGAUGCAUCGCGACACGCUCGAUUAUUGCAGGAUGCAGUUACUUUUGGUCAUCUCGGGAUAAUCAUCCUGUCAUUUAGCUAUUCCCCGAAAUCGGGCCAAAUCUGGUGAACGAAGGACUACAAUACCGCCUUAACGAUAAUUCGAACAACUUUUCUUCUCUUCUAUGACAAGUUCCUACAGUACGUGACCAAAUUUGCGACUAUGACUAGCGGACAAAGGAAUAAGUCCAUAGUACAUCCGGAACAGCGAUAUGCGUACAUGCCUUGUCCGCUUUACGACACUGAACUUCAGCGAGAAGGGAUUCGGUGGUGGUGGAGGAGGAGGAGGUGGAGGAGGAGGCGGACUGGAGGGCCGGUCGGUCCUCGGCACCGCUUACGGGCCGGCCACUUUGGGGUACACGGGGACUCGGUUCGGCGUGGUGCGCGGCGCCGGCCACUCGGCCGUCGGGGCGCGCGCACCGAUACGGCGGAGCAGAGAGUUCGGCUACUUCCCCUCGAUGGCCGAUCACGAGCACCAGGGGUUCGGAUACCGGACUCACCUGUUUCUCACCCCACCGACAGGCGGUGCCCUCGGCUCGCCACCGGAGGAACCGACCGAGAGGCUGGGCCCUCCUCCCAGGAAGAAUUCUGGGCCCCACGUGAUAAAGUGGGGUGGAGGGGGUGGAGGAGGGCAGGGAUCGGGACAGGGAGCCGGAGGACAGGCGAGGAGGAAACAGGCUUCGCAGCAGAAAGAACCCUCGGAACCCUCCACCCCGACUGCUUCGAGACAGGUUUCCUUCAGCGGUAACCGAGCGUCUGGCGCAUACACGCCCCUGGUGGUUUCCGGAAACAGCCCUCCACGUGGCGAACCAAUCUCCCUGGCUACCUUGGACCGCGACUGUUUCAUCAUUCCCCUCGCAUCUCUCGAACGUUUUUUACCAGCGGGAGUACCGCAUGCCCCAAUCGCGGACAAAAAGAGGCCAGGAAGUCCUCUGUCGGUUCUCGAAGUCGAAGAUCCCAAGCAAUGUGUUCUCGCCCAUUUUAUGACACCCCUGGAGCCAUUGGAUCCUUUGGUCGAGUCUCCUGUUUCCAGGCCGUUGGUCCUACAACGGGAUACUGCAGCCGAAUUGGUCGCCGAGAUCGCACCCUCAGCUUCUCAGAGUAUUCUUCUUACGAAUAUGGAAAAAAAUGCGGAUUUCCCAUUCAUCACGUAUUAUUUAAUAAACAAGCAAAACACAGAUCCCGUUGAUUUCUAUAACGAGGUUCAAUGCGCUGCCUUGAGAAAGUUCGAUCCUCGGGAUCUUCGAUAUGCGGCCAAUCACACAUUGGAUCUGUUCAACGAAGUGGCCACCAUAGCGAGGCCACCGCUAGAACCACCUGGUGUCAGACCACCGAUUCCGUCCACAGGCUAUAUUGUCUCGAUUUUUAAAGUAUUCGAGGGCGACGAUGGCCUUAAGUUCGAGCAAAAUUGGCUCUAUUGGACCGGUGCCCGUAUGAUGUACCGAUAUUUGCCGAAAUCGGUGGGCCUGAGGCGAAUCACAUUGCACAAGUCCAUGUCACAAGGCGACAAAAUGUACCUACUGAUCUGCGAGUGUUCGCAAUUGCAAGACAAUCUCUCCGCGGCAGCGAUAUUGUUGCCCGCGUUACGUGCCCGUUUAUGCGGUUACACCGGUCUUUAUAGACCUUCGGUGUGCUUCUGAUUUCUCAGGAAAUGCUGACCACGCGCCAACGAUGUCACAAUAGUCCAACAAAACAGAGCCACUUUAUGAAUUUUCCAUUUCGAAUAACAAAUCAUUUGAAAUAUGGCUGGUCUUUGUUGAUAAGUUGUAUCUACUAUGGCUAGAUACAAUGAAUAUCAUAAAUUUAUGGUAUUGCGUGGUUUGGCUGGCAUGGUUAUAAAUUCAUCAAUUGCAAUAUUUCAAUCUCGAAUAUAGCAAAACAAUUGCUUUGAUCAGUAAAAAAAUAUGAAAAUGUAAUGGUUAAUAAACAUAAUCUCUGUGUAAUAGAGAGUUUUCUGGGGCUCGUUUCGUUGAGUCGCGAUAAUAGUCUUUAUAAUAUUAGUAGCAUCCUCUCUUUGUAUGAUACGUACACUUUGAUCAUUUUACAAAUUCUCCCAGUUUUAUAAAGUUACUUUCUAUAUAUCGCACUGUACUAUCGUGGUAAUGAAUUUCAUAUGAUUAUAAAGCAUCACUCGUCAUUUUAUUAAGCCGUACUGCCGACGUUAUUAUAAAUCUCAUAAUUUCAUGAAACGAGCCCUCCUCCUUUACCAGAAUUCAAGCCAGCCAAUGGGAAAAAAUCAAAGAUCUAUUUAUCUCGUGAUUUCUAGUCACAACGAAAUGGUAAAAAAUAUCAUUAAGGGAGGCACGUUCGUAUACGCUUUAGAGAAAUUUCAAUGAUAAAUCUGCGCUUCGGGCUGCAUACCCGUUUAGCUAUGCCUCUGGCCAGUUUGUAUUUUUCGACUUUACAUAUUUCAUCCAACAUUUUAUGCGAGCGUAUUCGUUACUCGAUAACCGAGAGCAAUUUGCAUGUAUAUAAUAUAGAAAUUUGCAAGACACUUUUAUUACUACAUCGAAGACUAUCGAUUAAAUCGUUAAACUACAUAUCAUAUACUCGAAAAACUGUGAUAUUCGAACUAUUACCACAUAUAUCACAACGAAUAUAACGAGAAAUGUCGCGAAUACUUCUUAAUCAAAAAAAAAAAAAAAAAAAAAAAAAA